ACUGAUCUCCUCCGCUGGUCCCAACAAAAGCACAUUUUACACGCGUGACGUCACCACGGACAACUCGUGAAUGUUGACGUCGCGGACGAGUUCGGUCGCGUGGUCGCGUCACUUAAUUCCCCAAAUAUUUAAAGAGCGCUGUUAGCCUUGCUAGCAUGGCGUGCUCGGCGGGGCUCCCGGCCGCCCCUUCCCCCGCGGGGAGGCCUCCGCGGCCGCAUCAGGCCGCGCUGGCCGCCGGCGUCAUGGUGGAGUCCGUGGACGACGCGGAGGGUCUGUUCGUGGCGGUGGAGCGGUGCCCUCUGUGCAGCACGUCCCGGCGGAGGCUGACGUGUGCCCGUUGCGUGCAGGCCGGAGACUUCGUGUACUUGGACGGCAGGAACACGGAAAGGUACGCGGACAAGAUGGCGAGGCUCAAGACGCUGAGGGACGAGAAGGAGCAGCUGCAGCAGAGGGUGGUCCGCGCCAUGCACGGGAAGCUGCAGACCGACGAGACGAAGUGGAAGAUGAUGUGGUGCCGCAUGAAGACGGAGCAGAUCCAGCAGGCGCUGAGCUGCGCGAGCCAGGAAGUCCAAAGCGACGAGGAGCUGCUGCUGCGCCGGCAGGAGGAACGCCAGCGCCUGCAGCGCCGCGCCGGCCGCCACCGGCAGAAGCGGGAGAAGAUCGAGCGGCACAACCGCCGUCUGGACGAGCUGCUGCAGCGACGGCGGGACGAGCUAGGCGAGCGCGUCGCUCAGCUGGCGGCCACGCGGCGGGAUCACAUCGCCGAGUUGACCGCGUACAUCUUUCCCACGCGGGAAGAGAAGGCCUGCAGCAGGGACCCGGCCGACGCGGCGUCGGAGUGCGAGCCGGCGCUGACGUCCAGCACGGUCAGCGAGCUGGCGGAGGCGCGCAGGACCACCUACAUGUCGGGCCGCUGGAUCUGGGACGACCAGAACGGCGAGACCAGCGUCAGCAUCGCGGGGCCCGCCGUCUACCUGCCCGGCAACGGCGACUGCUCGGCCUACUACAGCCGGGCGGACCAGAAAGGCGCCGAGCGCGGACCAGAACUGGACCACAUCGACCCGGCCCACACCAUCAGCGCGGCUCUGUGCUACGCCACGCAGCUGCUCACCAUUUUGUCGCACAUCCUGGACGUCAACCUGCCCAAAAAGUUGUGCAACAGCGAGUUCUGCGGCGACAACCUGAGUCGCUUUCGCUUCACGCGCGCGCUCGGCAAACUCAACGCCAACACGCUGCACCUGUGCUUCUCGCAGCACGUGGACAGUGACAAGCUCCACCCCCACCACACCUUGCGCAACAUCAUGUUUUUGGUGUCGCCCGACAACGCCAACCUUGGCAGGACGGGUCCGUUCGAGGUCAGCGGCGACCUGGAGGGCUCCAUGGAGUUCGUGGAACCGGAGGCGUCGCGGCCCGCCGAAGAGAGCGGAGACGAGGCGGUCAGCGACGACGAGACCGACCUGGGCACGGACUGGGAGACCGUCCCCAGCCCGCGAUUCUGCGACAUCCCCUCGCAGCCCAUGGAUCUUUCCCAGAGUGCACUGCAAGUGUCUCAGCCGUCCAUCAACACGGGCGGGAUGAUCUCGUCGGCGGCCGCCUCCGUCACGUCCUGGUUCCGAGCGUACACGGGCCAGCGCUGACCUCGGAGCCCGGCGUCACCUCGGCGCCGUUGCCCCCCCCCCCCCCUUCCCUCCUCGAGGGUGUGCGUGUGGAGAGAGAGAGAGACGCUGGUUACUAUGGCGACGAGGGCCACCGUUUCCAAAGGUGCGCUUUAUUUUGGGCUCGAGCUUCUCCUGGACCGAAGUUUGCUGUUGUUGUCAAUAAAUAAAACAAAAAAUCUUUUUUAAUA